CUGCGCAGUGCCGCGCUCCGCGACCGGCCCAGUGCAGGAGUGGGUUGGCUCUGGGGACGGGGAAGCUGUCGCCACCAGUCUCUUUCCUCUGCGGCCGGGCCCCCUUCUCUUCCGGCGGAGAGGUUAGUGCACUGCCUGCCCCGGCAGUCCGUGAGGCCCUGCGCGGGGGCCCCCGCCUGCCUGGAACCUCCGCGUGACAGUGUCACCGGGACCGCCGUGGUGCUCUGCGCGUAACGGUGCUCUUUGGUCCAGUUAGCUGGGAAUGAAAAGCACUCAGCCCACACACACUUACGGAACGCUCCUCUGAGCCGGUGCAAAGCGGUCACUGCACAGGUGAAAUAGCUUAAGGAAUUGGAAGCUUGGGAUGUGGUCAUGUCAGCCAGACUUCUCCAUGCCCUGGCCAGAUCUCACUGCGUUUUAUCAAAAGCAUGUCAGCGCCAAAGACUGGUUCAUCGAACAGGAAAACCACUUAAGGAACUUGAGAGCGCAACACGCGGCGCCCUGGCGAGAAGUCAGACCUUGGAUUUGUUCUUUCCUGAUACCAGAGCCGGUGGUUUGAAUGAGUCCCAGAUCCUGGAAAUGAACCCGAACGCAGCAAACACAAGCGUGUUCUCUGCAUCCAGCACUGCACGUUGCCAAGGUGAACAAGCGCGCCUCCCCACCAGGAAGUCUGUGGGCCCGCACCCGAUGACUCACAAACCAAAUCGAUUAGGUCCUAAGUGGCUUUUAAAAAUCAUCGAGAGGCAUUGCUCAUCCACGUCAACAGAAACGCUGGUUCCUAAACAAGACUUUCCGCAGAUCAAGAGAUCACUAAAAGCUUCGAGGACCCGGCAACCGUCCAGGACCAACCUUCCGGUUCUGUCCGUGAACGAGGACCUGAUGCACUGCACGGCAUUUGCAACUGCGGAUGAGUAUCACCUGGGCGCGCUCUCUCAAGACCUGGCCUCUCAGGGAUAUGUGGAAGUGACCAGCCUGCCUAGAGAUGCAGCCAAUAUUUUGGUGAUGGGUGUGGAAAACUCUGCAAAAGAAGGUGAUCCUGGAACAAUAUUCUUCUUCAGGGAAGGAGCUGCUGUGUUCUGGAAUGUAAAAGACAAAACUAUGAAGCAUGUGAUGCAGGUCCUGGAGAAGCACGAAGUGCAGCCCUAUGAGACGGCGCUGGUGCACUGGGAGAACGAAGAGCUCAACUACAUAAAAACAGAGGGGCAGUCGAAACUGCACCGAGGAGAAAUCAGGUUAAAUUCAGAGCUAGAUGUGGAUGACGCCAUCCUAGAGAAAUUCGCCUUCUCCAAUGCUCUCUGCCUUUCAGUGAAACUGGCUAUUUGGGAAGCAUCACUGGAUCAAUUUGUGGAAUCUAUUCAGUCAAUUCCAGAGGCUUUAAAAACUGGGAGGAAAGUGAAACUAUCUCACGAAGAAGUUAUGCAGAAAAUGGGUGAACUCUUUGCCCUCAGACACCGUAUAAACUUGAGUUCAGACUUCUUGAUCACUCCAGAUUUCUACUGGGACAGAGAAAACCUGGAAGAACUUUACGAUAAAACUUGUCGGUUCCUAAGCAUUACUCGUAGAGUUAAGGUCAUGAAUGAAAAACUUCAGCACUGCAUGGAGCUGACAGAUCUAAUGCGGAAUCACCUGACAGAGAAGAGGGCACUCCGCCUGGAGUGGAUGAUAGUCAUCCUCAUCACCAUAGAGGUAAUGUUUGAGUUGGGACGAGUAUUUUUAUAACCAAGUGAUGACCAAAGGAAAAGUGUUAUUGCAAGACAUAAUUCAAGCUCUACAAUCAAAAAUAAAUGUUCACGGUUGGGGGGCAGUCUCAUUUAUUUAAUAAGUAUUUAAUUUUUUUAAUCAAGAAGUUAUAAUCUUCUGUUCCUAAAUGUAUUGCUGCUUGAAUAAAACUUAUGAAGAACCUAA